UCAUUGUCGUCGAUCUGAAGAUCCUGGAAGGGAAGAACUAACUCAUCCAGGAUCCUUAUAGCCACCCGGCUCACCUCAAGCUCUGGGCAGUUUCGAGGAAUUAUAUGAUCAUUACCUGUGAUGGGAAACAAGAGAAAAGAUCACUUUUAAAAUAUUUGGAGCUCGUGUCGCAGAGCUACUUCAGUAACAGCAGAAACGUUUUAAAUGUAUAUUUUGUUAAGGUUUCGUGGGGAUGGACCCUUGUUUUACUCCUGCCAUUCAUUUAUUUGUCCAACUCUUACAAGAGAAGCCGCGCGUUUGUCCUGAAGCGGCUGACGUCACUUCUGGUGGCCACCCUCAUCUGGUACAUCUGCACCGAGUCCUUCUUCUACAUUGAAGAUGUUACAGGUGCAUGCCAGUCAAAUACCAUUCAGGAACUUGGUGACAUAACUACGAAGGCAGCAUGCAAGAAGGCCGGAUUGAUAUGGAAUGGCUUUGACAUAUCCGGACACUCUUUCAUUCUGACUUUCUCCGCUCUCACCAUUGUGGAAGAAAUGGUGGCCAUGUUACAAAUACCAAGUUCUCACAGAAACACUUUUCUUGAUUGCCUUUAUAUAGCACUUAAUGUGAUCGUGGCUAUCUGGUUAUGGAUGUUCGCAUGUACGUCCGUAUAUUUCCAUCAUUUUAUUGACAAGUUACUGGGCACCUCGGUUGGAGUAUUGGGGUGGUAUGUGACCUAUGUUGUUUGGUACCCGAAGUUUUCUUUACCAGGUCUCCCUCCACAGCCAAAUGAGCAAAAACAACAUGCUUAGUGUUAGAACAGAGUUGCAUAUCUAAACCAUGCCAUCACUUAUACUAACUCCGUUAUACACUACAACAAAUGUCACGCAUCUGCUUUUUUUGUGCUUUCUGCUGAAAGUAAGCAUGGGUCUGCCCGUGUGCGGUCGUAGGCAGCUGGUGUUCCUUAAAUGACAAUCUGUAACACGAGAGAGGUCACAGAUCCUUAUUGUUGUCUCCAAAAGUUCUGUGGAUCUACACACACAGAGUUGGAGUUGUAAAACUGACGUUUUGCCUCAACAUCAGUUUGUUAACUUGUAUAAUCCAACCUGCAAUCAUCAGCUUAGCUGCCUUGAUGUUUAAUGGCUGAGAAUGUUUCUUUUGGCACUAAUGUGCGUUUAUAAUUUAUUCAUAAUUUUGAACAAAAACAUGUACUUGUCUGACAGUAAUUCAUGUAUUCAACAAUUUUGUUCCAGAUUUCAAUUUAUACGCCACACCCUUGUAUUAAGUUUUGUCAAGAAAAUUCUUCGUGAUUUAUGUUUUAUCAAUCUAGCCGAACUGUUCGAUCAUAAUGGUGCCAUUCUUAAAGGGAUAGUUUUCUGUCAUCAUUUAUUCACCCUCAUAUCAAUUCUAAUCUGACUCUGUAUAUGACAAAAGAAGGUAUUUUAAGAAAUUUCCAUACAGUGGUGGCCGAUCUGGUUACCAACGUUCUCCAAAAUAUCUUUUGUGUUUCACAAGAGCUACUGUAUGGAAUGAAACAAGUUAGUGACUGAAUGUUUGUGUGGGGAUGGGUGAGUAAAUGAUGAAAGAAUUUUAGCAUAAAGUUAAUAUAAAUAGUAAAUAACAAACAUAUUUUGUUAUUUUCACGUUAGUAGUAAAAGGCUUAAUUAUUUUAGAUCUUUAGAUUUUGGAAGAUGUUCUCCUAUGAGACAAUGUACUGUAUGGGACCUGAAUGUAACUGGAUUAUUUGAGAACAAUGUAAUUUUAACAUGCAUGCUAGAUUCUGGGUGUAUAGCUGCUUAUUAGUAUUUCUAACAGGUUUGAUGGUCUUUGUAACACUGGAGAGUGGGAACAUGCUGCCUAUGGAGGGAACACCCAUUAUUAAUUUGUAAUUUUGGUCUCUAUUAUUCGAUAACACUACUCUUGCAAAAUUGUUGUAACAGAGAAUGGUUCCAAGGGAAGCAAAAGUCAAGAGAGUUGCAAUUUGAUGAUUUGUUCCACAUUUUAAUAAAUUGUCAUGACAGAAUUCAGUUUGUAUCUCAUGAAUAAACUGUUCUUUCUUUGCUCUGUUUAA